AUGGAUCCCACCAAAAGAUCGAAUAACUUACACAGAUUUCCGCGAUCCAAAAGAAAAUCAGAAAUGAAUCAAUUGUCUUCCAAGGAUAAGAAAUACUAUCAACAAGUCGAAAGAGCCCUUGCAAGUUUCGAUUCACUUGAUGAAUGGGCUGAUUAUAUUACAUUUCUAACUAAAUUACAAAAAUCUUUGCAAUUUACCCCUAAUGAGAAUGAAUUGUAUUAUAUACCAUUUCCUCAAGAUGUUUCGUAUAAAUUAUCACUAUGUUUAUCAUCGACUUUACCCAACGGGGUACAUCAAAAAGCGUUGAGUAUUUAUGACUUCAUAUUUGAGACAUUGACAGCAGAUUCUUUAAACGAUGAUAUUCACAUCUGGCUUCCUGGUUUAUUGCCAUUAUUUUCAUAUUCAUCAAUCCUGGUUAAACCAUUGCAAAUCAAAAUUUUUAAAAUGGCAAUUGCAAAAUUAAAUCAAAAUAGUUUGAGAAAUAUUUCGAAACCUUUAACUUUAAGUUUAUUGUCAGGCUUAGACGACGAAAAUUCAGAAUAUUUUAAUGAUGUAUUGGAAUUAUUAGAAAUAUUUAAGUCACUUCUCAAUGAUGAUUCUCAGUUUUGGAGAACUAUAUUUAUCUGUAUCAUUGGAAAUCCAGAAAAGAGAAUUGGUGCUUUGAAUUGGUGUACCAGAAGACUUCCGAUUUUCCAUGGAGUUCGUUCCAAGGAAGCUGAAAGCUGCUUACACCCUGAUCCCGGGCUCUUACUUCGAGCAUUCACAGUAUCAAUAAAUUCCAAGGUCAAUGAUAUUAUCAUCGUGCGAAGAUAUUUUGAUUUGUUAACGAACAACUUUCCAUUGAACAUUUUGGACGAUAUAAAAAUUUCGGCCAGGGACAAGGAAUUGCUUUUGAUGUGGUGUUGUAAGGUUACCUUAAAUAAAGACAUGAGCUUGAACAGAAGACUAUGGAACUAUCUUCUUGGACCAGAAAUUGAUCAUACACAUCAGUCCCCAUUACAGCAAGAGCUCGAGAAUCCUACCAAGCCUCAUCUUAGUCGUUCAGAGUAUUUUGCCAAGUAUGCUUUGGAUGCAUUAUUUGCAGGAAUGUUGAAUUUGCUAGAGUUGAAUCCAGUGGAAGCAUUUAAAAUAUCAACUUCGUUAAUAAUGGAUAGAUGGGAAAUUAGUAACUUAGUCACACCAAAGCUCUUUUCUAAAUUUUUGGUGAAAUGCUAUCAGUGUCGCAAUAAUCACGAGCUUAUGGUCUCCGCCACAGGAUUCUUUGACGGAAUUGAAAGUAGCUACAUUUGGAACGAUAUUAUAAACAUAAUUUGUUCCACGGAAGAAGAUAAUUCAGAAAUUGAUAUGCUUGGAUUUAUUUUGAAAGAGUUUAAUUUCAACGAAGAAGAGAUGAUAACACAACAUGCUCCAUUGGCUAUUGUAUGUAUGCUCGCAAGCUUCAAAAAAAUAUCACACAAGAGAGUAGAAAUAUUACAAUCUCUUAUUAACUUAGUUCCUCCCCGGGCAUAUCACGACAUCAAAGAACUUAGUUACUCAUCCAUUGAUGUGAUUAGCAAGAUUAAAGAGUUUUAUAAAUUACGACUUGAAAAUUCUCCGGUGGAAAUCCCAUUUACAAAGGAAGAAGUUUCAUUUUUUGUGAGUGACAUGUUGGUAGACUUAUAUAUUGAGCAUAUUACAGAUAUCAAUUAUAGCUGUAGAUUAGCGGACGCGUUGUACCAAAUAUUUACCACCAUACCAAAUCAUCAGAUCCCCCAAAAACUUGUACAAAGGGUAAUGAAGUUUCCGGUCCCAAAUUUUACGAGUAACCGAGACGAGCAAGAAGAAGAGCAAGAGGCACUAUUGGUUAUUUUUGGAGUUGCCAGGCUCUUCUCGUUAUCUUCUUCGGUACCAUUGAACCAAGAAGCAAAAUUAUUUAAGAUUAUACUUUCAAAUAUAUGGACCUCAAUUUCAUCAUCAAAUCCAGCAAACCAUCAAGUAGAGCUGAUCCGAGUUUUGUAUGAAUUGGAAACUAAUAGUUCCUUUCAUGAAAUUGAAGGAGGGAUAUUGGAAUUGUUUCUUGCGUUGCCUAAAUUGAAAAGAAUAGUUUCAUUAGAAACAUUAUGGACACAUUCAAUCGCCAUUACUGAUUCGGAUCUGCUUUUGCAGCGUCCGCUAGAGAUCGUAUUAGAUGAAUUGGACGAAAAUGACGGGGAAUUAAACUUGGGAGUUUCUGAGUUUUUGGAUAAAGUAAUCAAAAAUGGAGGAGGUAACCGAUUAUUGAAGUUGCUAAUUAACCCGAUUUUGAGUUUUGGACUAUUACAAGGAGAGAGGAAAUAUUUGGAUAUUGAUGACGACUUAUUUCAAUUUUCUUAUUAUUUAAAGCAAUUAACGAAGGUGAUUGGAUUUAACAAUAAAACUGUUCGCGAAAUAUUCAAUAAUGAGUUUGCAGUUAUGGACAAUAAUCAAAAAUUAUUAUUAAUCAAAGGUAAUGAUUGGAACAUAUCGACGUACAAAUCAUUAAUCAUGAAUGUUAUUGAAAAGUUUUUAAGCUUGGAAUUGAGUGCAACUAUAUUGAAUGACAAAACUGUGUUACAUCAAUAUUGGAACAGUGUCACUCAUGUGCUAAAGAUAAUCCGUUUAUUAGUAACAGGCAACGAGCCUGAAUUUAAUCAAUUAUUUAGUAGAUUGAUAGGGAAUGCAGCUAAGUUUAUUGAGGUGAGAAAGUGCUACACUGUUGAGAUCAUUCAAUCGGAAUUCAUUGGUUGUAUUUUCCAUUUCUUAGAAAUAUCACAGGACUUAAGAUUGCAUUUGAAUUUGUUCGAGCUUGAAGAAGAUAAGGAAUCCAUUUUGGUUAACUUUAUUGCUUCCGGUAUUAAGCAUUGCGAGACGUCAGUACUAUUGGAAAAGUGGAUAUCUCUCUUAACUAAAUCAAUAUAUUUGUUUGGUGAAUCAAUUUUCCAGGGUCUAAUUGAUUUGAACAGAGCUUUAGUGAACAAAUUAUAUUCUUUGUUCUUUCAAUUGUCGUCACUUGAACCAUUUAGCAGUCUGCAAGACCUCAAUGCGUCAAUAAGUAUAUUGAUACACGGGUUGGAAGACUUAUUAUCCAUAAGUCAUAGCUACUUAUUAACUUCAAAAAUCGCAGAACUUAAUCUGCCGCCACAGGGAGACAACUUUUUAAACACUGUUAUUCUGGGAGUAUUUCAAAUCGAGUCCCCUGCAACUCAGACAAAAGAACAGAAUAAGCUACGCUCCGUUUUGUUGGCGUUUCAGGAAGCAUCCCGGGUUUGUUAUAAAAUAUGGUAUUGGGCAGAUAACAAACCAAAGAUACCACCAGGAAACAAGUACUAUUCCAAAAAUUCCUUGAUUUAUGUUUGUCAUAAAUUAAAAUUUAGGGCCAGAAAACUUCUUGAAACGUUGAUGGAAUUAGAAAGACAAGAAGUAAUCGAAGUGUUGAUCCAACUAGAUUCCGAAACACUUGAACUAGAAAAGCAUGAUAACACCAAGUUAGGAUCACUUAAGCUAUUGAACAUCUUAGAUGGUGGAAGAUCACAGGUAUCUCUUCCACAUUUGUUCGAUGCUAUUAUAUUCCGAAACGCCUCAACUUUAUUGGAUGCUUCCCAGGUGAAUAAGUUAGGGUUGAUGAAUAUCCAUUUAUCAAAUAGGGAGUUGGUGAAUUUCUUGAUCGAUUUCAUUGAUGCAAUUGAUAACGACACCAUUAUUGAUAUUUGGAGCUUAACUAUGAAUUUCCUAAGAACUCUUAUUGGAAAUCCUGUCCACUUUCAAAGUGUUUUACCGUCCUCUUUGAGAAUAGCUCAACGCCUAUCAAUAAAAUCAUCAAAAAUGAAAGAUUCAAGAAAUAAGAAAGAAUUGGGUGAAGUGUUUUUGAAGCUUUUUAACCUAAUUGGAUCAUCUAAGCACGGCCAGGAGGACAGCAACAGAGAAUUAAAUGUAGGGAGUAACGGGCUGAUCGCAGACGACAUAGUUGAUCCUAUUAUCGAAGUAAUUCCGUCUUUGGAAGAUAUCUUACAAGAUUCGGAUAAGAUUUCUGGAUCGUUAAGUUCAUUAAUUAACAAUUUUAUAUCACCACAAGUGAAAUCAAAGGAGCUUUCAGAUGUGAACGAAAGGGUGCUUCGACUUAUUGAAUGCAUAGGAAAGCAAUACCCAAUAAAGGCUUGGACCUCGUUAGUGCUGGACGUGUUUAUGGAUAAUCGCUUUUUCAAUUUGAGAGGUAAUCAAACUACCCAGUGGGAUCAAAUUCUUUCUAUAUGGAUUGACAAUGACAAAGAUAAACUUGGCGAUCUAAUUGCAAAAAUAGCUAGUUCUAAAGCAACAUCCACUGCAAGCAAUUUGUUUAUUUGGAGCGAGACUACUGAGAUUGAAUCAAAGAUUAGCGUCCUCAAGAGAAUCUCAUAUUUGGUUUUGCUUCAGCCAGUAGAUUAUUUCCUUAUACAUUUCGAUACUUUAUGUGAUAAAUUAACAGCAUCCUUGCAUACUGGCUGUCCUGAUUUAAUUCGCUUUGAAAUCUUGACGUUGUUUAGAGUGAUAAGUCUCAGAUUUAGUGAAAUGCAUCUUGUCUCAAUGUGGACCAUUAUUGUUCAUGAACUAUUGUCGGUUUUAUCCAUUGUCUCCGACAAGUCAACCAAAGAGUUAGCUCACCUAUCAAAUAAUACCUUGUUGCUAAUAUUGAAUGCAUGUAAGCUAUUAGAUCAACUUUUAAUUCAAAGCUUUGAUAAGUUCAAUUUGGAUGAAUGGUUAUUCGUGUCAGCCAAUGAUGAAUAUUAUUCGAUGGAUACAAGCAAUUCAGGAACUAAAUCAAUUAUAAAUGAAAUUUCAAGGACGCAUGACUUCACGUACUUGAAAGAUACCCCAAUUAGAAUAGACCGAUCCUUACAAGAAGAAAACAGAUUGGCUUGUCCAUUAUUGUAUAAAACUAAACAAGUUGAUCUGAUUACAAAACUCAGGCUAUUUUUUGACUCAUUGAGUUUGAUUCAUUACGAAAGAACAUAUGGCUUAUACACUAUUGAUAUGAAGUCUUGUGUCGACGAUAUUAUCAAUGAUCUCUUUGAAUAG